AUGGCGAAAGAGCUAAAGUUGCUCACGCGCGAAGCGGUCCAUCUGCCUCAGAUGGGGGUUGGAUGUGUCGUCGUCGAGGUCAAACUGCUCGGAGAAUCGGUCGAGGAGUUUGGAGAAUAUAGACAACGCAGGUUGGUCGAUGAGGCAGAGGAGCUGGCCAAAGAGAUGGCAGAGAAGUUGACCAAAGAAAUGGCCGAACAACUGGCAGUCGAACUAGAUGUAAAGCUGGUAGGGGAGGUCAUCCAGACGAGUAUUCUGGCGAAGACGGGCUGUCAGAUAGGAUCGAGCACACGCGAGGCGUGGAACGGGUGCUGGCACACGACAAAAUGUCGCUGCUGCAACGAUUCGACGACAACGGGGUCGGAAGUAAGCCCGAGCUGA